AUGGAUAACUGGGCAAUAUCGAAAGAUGAUUUAUAUGGGCCACCACCAGCUUAUUCCAGUAGGAACAAUUAUGAAAACUCUCCGCCAAUACCACCACCAUCAUAUUCACCAUCAAUAUAUGUUAUACCUGUUAGAGAUCUUCAGUAUCAAGAACGAUUAUCUUGUCAUGCGUCUAUUAUUUUACCGAAAAUAUUUACUCGAUAUUUACUUGGAACAGGACUUGUUCAUAUGGUUAUUGGAUUAGCAGCUAUUGUUAGUGAGAUUAUAUUAACUAUUAUGAAUGAAUCGUAUUCAUUUACAGGCCUUUGGUCAGGUGCAUUAAUUAUUUUAUUAGGAAUCGAUCUGAUUCUGUUUAUGAGCCGUUCAAAUAUGCGAAUAUGUUCGUUACAACGAUUACAAUUUGUACAUAUGGCAAUGUGUUUAGUUUCGAUCGUUGCAUUGAUUCUUACAUCGAUUAAUCUCGCAUCUGAUUCGUGUUAUAAACUAUUUUUAGGUCCAGAUCGAUGUGAAAAUUCAUCGCUGUCCAUUAAAAUAGUUCUUGUUAUAUUAUUUUCUUUUACGUUUGUACACAUAUGUAUUACAACUGUAUUGACAUUUAUUUAUCUGAGCAAAGCCCAUCGAUUGGUGGUAACAAGAAAUGACAGUACAAAUGUCUAA